AUGCCAGGUGCCUAUAAGGGUGAAUGUGGGGAUGAUGUGGACCCCAUGCCGUUCCUGAACCCGUCCGAGUCGGAGAAACUCGAGGCAGUGGCGAAGCCCUAUGACAUUAAGAAAUCCUGCUGGGUGCAUGAUGAAAAAGAAGGCUUCAUAGCCGGAGAGGUUCAGACCGACGACGGUGAACGUGUCACUGUCAAGACCGUUAAAAACACUACGGUCACAAUUAAGAAGGAUGACGUUCAGCAAAUGAACCCUCCAAAGUUCUAUCAGGCCAGCGACAUGGCUAACCUGACCUUCUUGAACGAGGCCAGCGUUUUGGACAACCUUCGCCAGCGAUAUAUUUGCAUGAGAAUCUAUACGUACUCAGGCUUGUUCUGCGUGACCAUCAACCCUUACAAAUGGCUCCCCAUCUAUGGUUCAAAAGUGGCCAUGAUGUUCAAAGGGAAGAAGCGCAAUGAGGUUCCUCCCCAUCUCUUCUCCAUCUCUGACAACGCCUAUCAUGACAUGAUGAUGGAGCAUGAAAAUCAGUCUAUGCUUAUCACUGGAGAAUCUGGUGCCGGCAAAACUGAGAACACAAAAAAGGUCAUCCAGUACUUUGCCAACGUGGGGGCCACAGGAGGAAAGCAAUCCUCCGACUCUAAGGGAUCCCUGGAAGAUCAAAUUAUCCAGGCUAACCCUGUACUAGAAGCCUUCGGCAAUGCCAAAACCACCAGGAACAACAACUCAUCUAGAUUUGGGAAAUUUAUCAGAAUCCACUUUGGGCCAACAGCUAAGCUGGCUGGUGCUGACAUUGAGAGUUACCUGCUGGAGAAGUCCCGUGUCAUCUCUCAGCAAGCAGCAGAGCGUGGCUACCACAUAUUCUAUCAGCUGCUUUCUGGGAAGAAGCCUGAGCUGAUCGAAACAUUGCUGUUAGCACCAGACCCCAGUCAAUAUGUUUGGGUCUGUCAAGGUGUGACUGUGGUUGACAACAUGGAUGAUGGUGAAGAACUGUUGCUCACCGAUAUUGCAUUUGAUGUGCUGGGCUUCACUCCAGAGGAGAAGCUCAGUAUCUAUAAGCUAACUGGAGGCAUUAUGCACUUCGGAAACAUGAAAUUCAAGCAGAAGCCAAGAGAGGAGCAGGCUGAAGUUGACACCACUGAGGUGGCUGACAAAGUUGCCCAUCUCAUGGCGAUUAACUCUGGUGAGCUGCAGAAGGGCAUCACCAGGCCCCGUGUGAAGGUUGGCAAUGAGUUUGUGACCAAAGGUCAGAACCAAGACCAAUGUGUGUAUUCAAUUGGAGCCCUGGCAAAAGCUGUCUAUGACAGAAUGUUCAAGUGGAUGGUCACCAGGAUCAACAAGACCCUCGACACCAAGAUGCAGCGCCAGUACUUUAUUGGUGUGCUUGACAUUGCUGGCUUUGAGAUUUUUGAGUUUAACAGCUUUGAACAGUUGUGUAUCAACUUCACCAAUGAGAAACUGCAACAGUUUUUCAAUCACCACAUGUUUGUGCUGGAGCAAGAGGAAUACAAAAAGGAGGGCAUUGACUGGGUCUUUAUUGACUUUGGUUUGGAUCUUCAAGCUUGCAUUGAGCUUCUAGAGAAGCCAAUGGGAAUCUUCUCCAUCCUGGAAGAGCAGUGUGUGUUUCCCAAAGCUACCGAUGCCACCUUCAAGGCUGCGUUGUAUGACAAUCAUCUAGGCAAGUCCAACAACUUUCUCAAGCCCAAGGGGGGGAAGAAAGGCCCAGAAGCUCACUUUGAACUGGUCCACUAUGCUGGCACUGUCGGAUACAACAUCACAGGCUGGCUGGAAAAGAACAAGGAUCCCCUGAAUGAAACUGUAGUCGGCCUUUUCCAGAAAUCUGCUAUGCCUCUUCUGGGUCUCCUUUUCAAAGAGGAGGAGGCUGCUGCAGGGACCAAGAAGCAGAAGAAGGGCUCAUCUUUCCAGACCGUCUCUGCUUUCUACAGGGAGCAGCUGAACAAGCUGAUGACAACCCUGCGCAGCACUGCUCCACACUUUGUGCGUUGCAUUGUACCUAAUGAGUUCAAGCAAUCGGGUGUGUGUGAUGCAUCCCUAAUCUUGCACCAACUGGCAUGUAACGGUGUGCUGGAAGGAAUUCGCAUCUGUAGAAAGGGCUUCCCAAACAGACUCCAGUACCCAGAGUUCAAGCAAAGGUAUUAUAUCUUAAAUCCCAACGUCGUCCCUAAGGGAUUUGUCGACAACAAAAAAGCCUCAGAGCUGAUUUUGGGCUCUAGCGGCUUGGAUGGUUCUGAGUACAAAAUAGGGCACACAAAGGUAUUCUUCCGGGCCGGUGUGCUGGCCAAACUUGAGGACAUGCGAGAUGAGAGACUAGCAAAAAUUAUGACUAUGCUUCAGUCACGUGCACGUGGGUUCCUCAUGAGAAUUGAGUUCAAGAAAAUGCUUGAGAGAAGAAUUGGUCUCAUUGCUAUCCAGCGCAAUGUGCGUAAGUUUCUGCAGCUCCGCUACUGGGGAUGGUGGAAGCUUUAUACCAAGGUCAAGCCAUUGCUGAAUGUUGCACGCCAGGAGGAUGAGAUGAAGGCCAAGGAAGAAGAGCUGCGACAAGCAGCAGAGAAGACACAAGACAUGAUCAACAAGCUCAAGGAGCUUGAGGAGAAGGUGGCUUCUCUCUCUCAAGAGAAAAAUGACUUGGCCCUGGCUCUGACAGCGGAGCAAGACACGACAGCAGACGCAGAAGAGCGCUGCACACAGCUGAUGAAACAGAAGGUCAAUUUGGAGAGUGAGAUCCAGGAUAUGAAAGAACGCUUGGAGGAGGAAGAGAGUGCAGCCAACAGCUUGGGCGCAAAUAAGCGCAAACUGGAGGGGGAACUUAACGAUCUCAAGAGGGACCUUGAGGCUCUGGAAUCUACCCUCGCCAAGACAGAGAAGGAAAAACAGGCUCUGGACCACAAGGUGCGCAGCCAAACUGUAGACUUGGGCCAAAGGGAUGACAGCAUUGCAAAGCUGCAAAAGGAGAAGAGGGCUUUGGAGGAGGUCCAUCAGAAAACUUUAGAUGACCUUCAGGCUGAGGAAGAUAAGGUGAACCAUCUCAACAAGAACAACAGCAAACUUACCACUCAGAUUCAUGAGUUGGAGGACAACUGGGAGCAAGAGAAGAAAAUUCGUGCCGAGGUGGAGAAAGCACGCCGCAAGGCAGAGGCCGACCUGAAAAUGACAAUAGAAAACCUCAACGAGAUGGAGAGGGCUAAAAUUGAUCUGGAGGAAAUUGUGAAAAAGAGAGAUAUUGAGAUCAACAGCUUGAAUACCAAGUGGGAGGAUGAACAGUCACUGAACUCCACAUUACAGAGGAAGCUCAAAGAACACCAGUCUCGCAUUGAGGAGCUUGAAGAGGAGCUGGAAGCUGAGAGGGCUGCAAGAGCCAAGGUGGACAAACAACGGGUUGAACUCUCCCGAGACCUGGAAGACCUUGGAGACAGACUAGAAGAAGCAGGUGGUGCAACUGUUGCACAGAUUGAGCAGAACAGGAAAAGGGAAGCCGAACUGCUCAAACUGCGACGCGAGCUGGAGGAGGCAGCCCUGCAGUCAGAGGCCACUGUUUCUGCUCUGCGUAAGAAGCACUCUGAUGCCAUGGCUGAGAUGGCAGAGCAUGUGGACAACCUACAGCGUGUGAAGGUCAAAUUAGAAAAAGACAAACAAGCGAUGAAGGCCGAGAUCGAUGACCUCAAUGCCACUAUUGAAUCAGUUCAGAAGUCCAAGUUAAAUUCUGAAGCUCACAUUCGCAAGCUGGAAGAUGCUCUAGCUGAGGCUAAUGCCCGGAUUGCAGAGAUGGAGAGAAGCCAAACAGAGUUGAAUGCCAUCAAAAUCCGUCUCUCUGCUGAGAACAGCGAUCAGAGCCGUGAGCUGGAGGACCUGCAGAGCAAACUGAGCCAGAUGGUCCGUGUGAAGACCACACUCACUUCUCAGACGGAUGAACUCAAGAGGCAGAUGGAUGAAGAGUCUAAGGCUCGCAGUGCAGCAGUGGUCAGCCUUGCCAAUGCCCGACAUGACCUAGACCUGAUGAAGGAGCAGCUGGAGGAGGAGCAAGAGAGUAAGGCUGAAAUGCAACGUCUCAUCUCCAAGCUCAACUCCGAGGUCACCACCUGGAGGACCAAAUAUGAGACAGAUGCCAUCCAGAAAACUGAGGAACUGGAAGAGACAAAGCGCAAACUGGCUGCCAGGCUCCAGGAGGCAGAGGAGACUGCGGAAGCAGCACAGGCUCGAGCAGCCAGUUUGGAAAAGGCCAAACAGCGGCUGCAAGGAGAGGUGGAGGACCUCACCAUUGACCUGGAGAAGGCCAAUGCUGCAGCUGCAGCCCUGGACAAGAAGCAGCGCACUUUUGACAAAAUGAUCUCAGACUGGAGUCAGAAGUGUGAAGAACUGCAGUUAGAGCUGGACAGCUCCCAAAAAGACUGUCGUACCCAAAUGACGGAAAUCUACAAACUGAAAACUGUCUAUGAAGAGAAUGUAGAUCACUUGGAGACUGUGAAGAAGGAGAAUAAAAACCUCUCAGAUGAGAUCAAGGACUUAGUGGAACAGCUGGGUGAAGGUGGAAAAAGUGUCCAUGAGCUGCAGAAGGCAAAGAAGAAGCUGGAAAUUGAGAAGGAUGAGCUGCAGCUGGCCCUAGAGGAGGCUGAAGCCUCUUAUGAGGUUUCAGAAGGUAAAGUCAUUCGCAUCCAGCUGGAGCUUGCUCAAGUUAAAGCUGACAUUGAUCGCAGAAUUCAUGAGAAGGAAGAAGAAUUUGAAGUGACAAGGAAAAACCACCAACGUGCUGUGGAGUCCCUCCAAGCUAGCCUGGAAGCAGAGGCCAAAGGUCGGGCUGAGGCUCUGAGGCUGAAGAAGAAGAUGGAGUCUGACCUUAAUGAGAUGGAGAUCCAGCUGGACCAUGCCAACAAGAACAACUCUGAACUGGUUAAGACUCUCAAGAAGCUGCAGCAGCAGAUCAAAGACAUGCAGAUGCAGAUGGACGAGGACGCCCGCCAGCAUGAGGAGCUGAGGGAGAAGUAUACCUUGCAGGAUCGUCGUCUCAGCUUACUGCAGACGGAGCUGUCGGAGGUGCGCAGUGGGCUGGAGGCCUCCGAGCACUCCCGCAAGGUUAUCGAGCAGGACCUAGUGGAGAUUACCGAGCGGCACAGUGAGCUCAACAUCCAGAAUCACAAUUUGAUCACCAUCAAACGAAAAAUGGAGUCAGACAUGACACGCAUCAUUAAUGAAAACGAAGAGCUCAUCAGCGAAUUCCGUUCUGCUGAGGAAAGAGCUAAGAAGGCGGUCACUGAUGCUACCCGCAUGGCAGAGGAGCUAAGACAGGAACAGGACCAUUGCCUCCACCUGGAGAAGGUCAAGAAGAACAAUGAGAUAGUUAUCAAAGACUUGCAGCUCAAGGUGGAGGAAGCUGAGCAGCUGGCACUGAAGGCUGGGAAACGCACAAUCCAGAAACUGGAGACUAAGGUAAAGGAACUGGAAAGUGAACUGGAUGCAGAGCAGAAACGUCAUGUCGAGACCACGAAGACCCUGCACAAGAACGACCGCCGUCUUAAAGAGCUGGUGUUUCAAACCGAGGAGGAACACAAGACCAACCAGCGCAUGCAAGAGCUGGUGGAGAAGCUGCAGAGCAAACUAAAGUCAUACAAGAGACAGAUUGACGAGGCUGAAGAGCAAGCCACUGUUACCCUGUCCAAGUACAGGAAGACAGUGAAUGAGCUGGACGAUGCUGAGGAGAGGGCCGGUAUAGCAGAGGCUGCCCUGAAUAAACUCCGCACGAGGAAUCGUGCCUCAGUGGGGAAGGGCAUUACCUCCGUGGAGAUAAUUCAGGUGUCCAAGUCAUCCUCCUCCAAGACGACCACUGAGGAGUAGAGUGUUCUGAACAUUGCUGGUGAGCUGGAGUUUGGCUAGUGUCCUUAUCUACCAUCCUGUUUUUCAUUCAAUGAAA